GGCGCGACGGCAACAUUACGUUUCAUUCAUUUGUGAAGUAGAUAGUGUUAACUCGUGAGUUGUGUUGUGAUUUGUGCGUGGUUAUUUUAGUCAAAUCUCUAGUUAUUUGUGGAUUUUAACAGAAAUAUAAUUCUAUUAAAUAUGGGGAAGGAUUAUUACAAAAUAUUAGGACUGAAUAAAGGUGCGACUGAUGAUGAGAUCAAAAAAGCGUAUCGCAAAUUGGCCCUCAAGUACCAUCCGGAUAAGAAUAAGUCGGCUGGAGCAGAAGAACGGUUCAAGGAAGUUGCGGAAGCGUACGAAGUGUUAUCAGAUAAGAAAAAGAGAGAAAUUUAUGAUGAAUGCGGUGAAGAGGGGCUGAAGAGUGGUGGCAGAAAUUUCAAAGGUACUGGCGGUCAUUCCAACGCGUACUCGUACCACGGCGAUGCAUGGGCUACAUUUGCUCAGUUCUUUGGUUCAGCGAGGCCCUUUCAACCAUUCUUUGACAUUAACGGUAGCGGUGGAGGUAACUUUUUUGAUCGUGACAUGGAUGUCGAUCUGGAUCCUUUUGCCAACAUCGGAAUGGGAACAACUCGACCAAGUGGCCCAGGCGGCGCGUAUCGUAGCCAGAGCUUCAACUUUCACGGAUCACCACAUCGGAAAGAAAGAACACAAGACCCACCAAUUGAACAUGACUUGUACAUGUCACUUGAAGAGAUUGCUAGGGGCUGUGUAAAGAAAAUGAAAAUUUCAAGAGGAGUCAUUCAACCAGAUGGUACAACAAAGAAAGAAGAUAAAGUAUUGACAAUCCAUGUAAAGCCUGGCUGGAAGGCAGGUACCAAGAUCACAUUCCAAAAGGAGGGAGACCAGGGAAGAAAUAAGAUUCCAGCUGACAUAGUAUUCAUUAUUAGAGACAAACCAAAUCCAUUAUUUAAACGUGAAGGCAGUGACAUCAGAUAUACAGCAAAGAUAUCUCUUAAACAGGCCCUAUGUGGAACAAUUAUUGAAGUGCCAACAAUGUCUGGAGAUAAAUUAACAGUCAAUUUACAAGGAGAAAUUGUUAAACCCUAUUCAGUGAAACGAUUCCCUGGUUACGGCCUUCCAUUCCCCAAGGAGCCAACUAGGAAAGGUGAUCUGCUUGUGGCAUUUGACAUCAAAUUUCCAGAGAAACUCACUCCUGCAGCAAAGGAAAUAUUGGAGAGCACUUUACCAAACUAUUACACAUGAUUGUUUGGAAAGUGGAAAAAAAUUCUGGAUGUUUUGGGACUUACUUUGUCUAACAUAAGUUCCGCUUGAUAGGAUCUGCAUUUGUUCAAUUUGCAAGGUGAGCGACAUUUAAGUAAUUGAGCAUUUUGGUUAUGUGUUCAUUGACAAUCCACAAUUUACUCAAUGAUUUUAUAUUCAAAGUAUUUCUUGCUUCAUAUUUAUUAUAUUGUGGAUAAAAGUUUGUAUGGGUUGAAACUUUGUGCGUUUUAGUACAAAGAGUUUAAAAUUGUGUCAGUGAGUGUAUUUAAAAUUGACAAUUGUAAAUACUUACAUCAUGUAAAUAUUAGCAACAAUUAUAAGUUAGGUUUCAGUACUUAGGAAUCUAGCUCAUGUUUCAUAGUACUUUGGGAAUGCAAUUUUGUCUUUGUACACAGAUUAAAACUGGACAUAACAUACAUAGAAUUAUUGAAACAAUUGGUUAAUAAAGCUUCUUCAAAUGUCAUGUUUGAAGAACAAUCAAAAUUGUAUUUUUUUUAUCUGUUUGUACCCAGCAAGAUUUUGUUUCAAAGACUGAUCAUUGUAAUAGGUUUAAUUGUAAGACAAAACUUAUAAUUUUGCCCUAAAAUUUGUUGAAAUAAAAAAAUUCAAUUUC